AUGCGAGCGUAUCUCCUAUGUACGGUAGGAUCGGUUUACAUCAAAUCAAAGGAGGCUCCUGCCAAAGAUGUUCUUAAAGACCUUGUUGAAAUGUGUCGUGGAGUUCAACAUCCCAUACAUGGGCUCUUUCUAAGGAGCUAUCUUUCUCAAGUUAGUAGAGAUAAGUUACCGGAUAUUGGCUCUGAGUAUGAAGGGUGA